UAGUUUCCUUGCAAGUCUCUCGUCAGUUCAUUGUCAACCUACUGUCCACUGAUUCUAGAGUCAGCUACAAUUUGACCAUGCUCAGCUAUUUUUCGUGAAAGUGGUGUGAUGUGUGUCGUUCCGUGAGUGAGUUUCCUAACGUGUUUCCAAAUAAACUAGGACUAUUUAAAGGAGACGCGGCUAGUUCGCGUCCAGCAAUUUUAACCACGGCGUCUCCAGUGGCAAUGACGCAACAUAGCGACGCUUCUAGUGAUCGUUCUGAGGUGUCCGUGACUCCUCCGCCGCCAGUUUCCAAGAUGCUGGAAUUCGCUAGUCAUCAAAAUCUCAGUCUUUUCAAUUUGGAGCACCGCAACAUGUUGGCAGCGCCUCUUGCAGCCUUACACUCCAUGGCUGAGAUGAAACAGCAUCAACAGCAUCUUAGUCCUUCCGAGCACAUGCACGGUCAAGACAAAACCGAUGCCGACAUGGUUUUAGAACGAACUAGUUUACACAUGGAAAGAUCCGGACUGACAUCGCGGAGUCCUCUCGGUGCCACUAGUAAUAGCAAUAGUUCACAAGGAGCCAAUCCCCAUGGCAUAGAUCACAUACUAUCGAGACCCUCACAAAUCACCACGGGCUCUCUUCAUUUCCCUCACAAUUUAGGAUUUACCCAAAACUCGCUGGGAAUGACUGCGAAUAGUGCUCAAAAUGCAGCUAAUCCUGGCUUGAGAGGAUUCAAUAUUGCCGCUGCUGCCUUUUUUCACCAUCAUGCUGCUAACUCCGUCAACAAGCCUCCGGUAGAGCUGGGAAGAACCACAGGGGGACUCUACUGGCCGGGCAUUCAGAGCCUCAAUCCUAUUGCAUGGAGGGACCGACUCAGUGGCAAAAACGACAUAUACGUCCGCUAUGUGAACCAAAGUAAUAUGGCGGGAUUAGGUCCGGAUAAAGACGCCAAAAAGAAACACACAAGGCCGACAUUUUCAGGGCAGCAGAUAUUUGCACUAGAAAAGACUUUUGAACAAACCAAAUAUCUUGCUGGCCCUGAAAGGGCGAAACUUGCGUAUGCCUUAGGAAUGACCGAGUCGCAAGUAAAGGUCUGGUUUCAAAACAGGAGAACAAAAUGGCGAAAAAAGCACGCAGCUGAAAUGGCCACUGCGAAAAGAAAACAGGAAGUGCUUGAUAAUCAAACGGAUGAAAAUAGUGACAUUAUAUCCGACAAUGAAGACGAGCAUUCUGCCAAACGACAAAACCUGCAAUGAGUGUGGUAAAUAAGGGUUGUGGUUUUAUAUGGACAAAGUUGAGGGACGUUUACAGAUUAACAAUUGCGACUGAAGAGACUUUAAUCAGAAGAACUGUUAAUGCUUAGACUUGAGCACUUGCGGUUCAGUUAAUAUUUCCUUCAUCUUCAUUCAGUUCACAAAUCGCAUACGCAAUUUAAUGACUUGGAAUAACUGCAUACUUUCUUGCUAGAGACAUUUGCAUAAUUGUGAUAAACUAUGGAAAAGUAUAUUUAAAUGAUUUUUUAAUGAAGUAAAAUUAUAAAACCGUCGCUAGAAAUAUUUAAAAUCAUAUUCUCAGUCCACAACUCUUUAACGUUUGUACAUAUAGUGAAAAAUAAAAUGUAGUGAUCUCAUUCUAUUGUGAAAGUGAUUCAGGACAACUUGUAAAAAUGUUAUAUAAUGUAUGGCAAAUAUACGUGUAUGUAUAAAUACUUCCGUAGCAUUAUACUUAUAGAACAUCUUUUUAGUUUUGUUUCUUCGGCAGUAAUACGUUACAAAUGAUAUUUAGUCACUAGUAUUCGUUGUCAUAGCACACUGGCUUUUAGUUGAGGUAGAUGAACGUAUGAUAUCAUGUAUUGGUCAAACGCAUCAUUUCAAUUAACUAAUCAAGUGCAAACUUCCGCAUUAAUUAAUUAUUAUUUGCAAGAAAUAUGUAUAUUAGUUGAACAUCGCAUUGUUUUUGUUUAAUGUAAAUAUUAUAUAUUUAUAUGUAAUAUAGGCUAACAUUUGUAUGCGUUCAGUAUGAAUUAGUUAUUUACUUUAAUAAUUCCAAAUCUAGUCAGUCAGAACGGUUUCAGUCACAUCGCCUUAGCUGUAUAUAAUCGCUAACCGUUUUACGAUACGAAUUCUAAUGCCGAAUAAACAGUUUCUAAACAGAAUUAAACACAAAAUUGUCAUAUAAAUUUUACUCGUUUGUGUUUGUCCGUGAUUGUCGAUUUUUAUUGUUAUAAUGUAUUAGCAGCAUUUUUUUUGUUGCUAAAGUUGAAACUUUACACCUGUGUAAAUGACACUUUUAUUAUUUUUUACUUUCUAAUAAACUAAAUUUUACACGGAAAUUGAUUACAUGUAAAGUUUACGGUAUUAGCAAGAUAUAGUUGCUUCUCAUUAAAACGUGCCAAAUUUUAACUGUGUGUAUAAGAAGUAAAUAAGAAAACGUGCAAUGUUUGUAUACAUAAUAUCCUCGGAAUACAUGCAGCUACAUUAUGUAUUGUAUUGAAAAAAUCUGUAUUUAUAAUUAAAAAUAAAAUGUUUCAGUGAUUCCUGCAAAAAA